AUGGGCAUUGCCAGAGGUGGUGGUGCACCUCAGGGGCUCCUGUCAGAGGUGGUAAUGCCACCACAUUCCCUGUCAGGGGCGGUGGAGCCCCAAGGCUCCGUCCCUGGGGCGACGGUGCCCCCUGGGACCUUCCCGGGGGUAGUGGUACCCACAGGAGCCCCCCCAGGGACGCCCUCUGGGGCCUUACCAGAGACGGUGACUCUCCCAGGUGCCAUCCCAGAGGCAGUAGCGUCCCCAGGGGCUCUGAUAGGGGUGUUGGUGCCCCCAGGGGCUCUUGCGGGGACAGCAGCGACCACAGGGGCCUUCCCAGGGACAGUGGUACCCUCAGGGGUCCUUCCAGGGAAAGCGGUCGCGCCCCUAGGUGCCCUUGCAGGGACAGUGGCGCUCUCAGCGGCCCUCCCAGAAACAGCAGCGCCCCUGGGAGCCCUUCCAGGAGCUCUCCCAGGGAUAGCGGUGCUCCUAAGGGCCCUGCCAGGGGCGGUAUCGUCUCCAGGAGCCCUCCGAGGGGCGGUGGCGCCCACUGGAGAUGUAACAUGGGCAUUGCCCGAGGCGAUGGUGCCCCUCAGGGGCCCUCCCAGAAACAGGGACGCUCUCAGGGCUCCUGUCAGAGGUGGUAAUGCCACCAGGUUCCCUGUCAGGGGCGAUGGAGCCCCAAGGGUCCUUCACAGGGACGACGGCGCCCAAUUGGACCCUCCCAGGGGUAGUGGUGCCCACAGGAGCCCUCCCAGGGACGCCCUCUGGGGCCCUGCCAGAGGUGGUGACUCUUCCAGGUACCAUCCCAGAGGCAGUAGCGUCCCCAGGGGCUCUGAUAGGGGCUCUGGUGUCCACACCGGCUCUUGCGGGGACAGCGGCGCCCACAGGGGCCUUCCCAGGGACAGUGGUACCCUCGGCGGUCCUGCCAGGGAAGGUGGUGGCGCCCCCAGGGGCCGUUGCAGGGACAGUGAAGCUCUCAGCGGCCCUCCCAGGGACAGCAGCGCCCCUAGGAGCCUUGCUAGGGGCGGUGGUGCCCCCAGGAGCCCUUCCAGGGGCCGUGACGUCUGCAGCAGCCCUUUAAGAGGCAGUGGUACUCCCUGGAGCCCUCCCAGGGGCCCUGCCAGGGGCGCUAGUGCUCCCAGGGGUCCUUCCAGGUUCGGUGACGCUCCUAGGGGCGUUGGUACCCUAAGGGACCCUGCAAGGGAUGGUGAUGCCCCCAUGGUCCCUCCCAGGGGCGACGGUGGCACUGGGACCAUCCCAGGGGUCCUGCCAGGGGUCGUGGUGCCCACAGGAGCUCUCCCAGGAAUAGCGGUGCUCCUAAGGGCCCUGCCCGGGGCGGUAUCGCCUCCAGGAGCCCUCCCAGGGGCGGUGGCGCCCACUGGAGAUCUACCAUGGGCAUUGCCAGAGGUGGUGGUGCACCUUAGGGGCCCUCCCAGAAAGAGGGACGCUCUCAGGGCUCCUGUCAGAGGUGGUAAUGCCACCACAUUCCCUGUCAGGGGCGAUGGAGCCCCAAGGCUCCCUCCCAGGGGCGACGGUGCCCCCUGGGACCUUCCCGGGGGUAGUGGUGCCCACAGGAGCCCCCCCAGGGACGCCCUCUGGGGCCUUACCAGAGACGGUGACUCUCCCAGGUGCCAUCCCGGAGGCAGUAGCGUACCCAGGGGUUGUGACAUCGGUGUUGGUGCCCCCAGGGGCUCUUGCGGGGACAGCAGCGACCACAGGGGCCUUCCCAGGGACAGUGGUACCCUCAGGGGCCCUUCCAGGGAAAGCGGUCGCGCCCCCAGGUGCCCUUGCAGGGACAGUGGCGCUCUCAGCGGCCCUCCCAGAAACAGCAGCGCCCCUAGGAGCCCUUCCAGGUGCGGUGACGUCUGCAGGAGCCCUCCCAGAGGAGGUGGUGCUCCCUGUAGCCCUCCCAAGGGCUCUGCGAGGGGCGGUAGUGCUAACAGGGGUCCUUCCAGGUGCGGUGACGCCCCUAGAGACGUUGGUACCCCAAGGGACCCUGCAAGGGACGGUAGUGCCCCCAUGGUCCCUCCCAGGGGCGACGGUGACCCUGGGACCAUUCCAGGGGUCCUGCUAGAGGUUGUGGUGCCCACAGGAGCUCUCCCAGGGAUAGCGGUGCUCCUAAGGGCCCUGCCAGGGGCGGUAUCGUCUCCAGGAGCCCUCCGAGGGGCGGUGGCGCCCACUGGAGAUGUACCAUGGGCAUUGCCCGAGGCAAUGGUGCCCCUCAGGGGCCCUUCCAGAAACAGGGACGCUCUCAGGGCUCCUGUCAGAGGUGGUAAUGCCACCAGGUUCCCUGUCAGGGGCGAUGGAGCCCCAAGGGUCCUUCACAGGGACGACGGCGCCCAAUUGGAUCUCCCAGGGGUAGUGGUGCCAACAGGAGCCCUCCCAGGGACGCCCUCUGGGGCCCUGCCAGAGGUGGUGACUCUUCCAGGUCCCAUCCCAGAGGCAGUAGCGUCCCCAGGGGCUCUGAUAGGGGCUCUGGUGUCCACACCGGCUCUUGCGGGGACAGCGGCGCCCACAGGGGCCUUCCCAGGGACAGUGGUACCCUCGGCGGUCCUGCCAGGGAAGGUGGUGGCGCCCCCAGGGGCCGUUGCAGGGACAGUGAAGCUCUCAGCGGCCCUCUCAGGGACAGCAGCGCCCCUAGGAUCCCUGCUAGGGGCGGUGGUGCCCCCAGGAGCCCUUCCAGGGGCCGUGACGUCUGCAGGAGCCCUCUCAGAGGCGGUGGUACUCCCUGGAGCCCUCCCAGGGGCCCUGCCAGGGGCGCUAGUGCUCCCAGGGGUCCUUCCAGGUUCGGUGACGCCCCUAGGGGCGUUGGUACCCUAA